AUGUGUUCCUCCUCUGCUGAAACAAACAUGACUACACAUGAUUUAUAUGUUGUGUGUUCCACAGGGCCAGUCACCAAUCCAGACACAACAACCCAAGACGCCACCUACCAAACCCUCAACACAUCAACCCAAGACUCCACCUACCAAACCCUCAACACAACAACCCAAGACUCCACCUACCAAACCCUCAACACAACAACCCAAGACUCCACCUACCAAACCUUAAACACAACAACCCAAGACUCCACCUACCAAACCCUCAACACAACAACCCAAGACUCCACCUACCAAACCCUCAACACAACAACCCAAGACUCCACCUACCAAACCCUCAACACAACAACCCAAGACUCCACCUACCAAACCCUCAACACAACAACCCAAGACUCCACCUACCAAACCCUCAACACAACAACCCAAGACUCCACCUACCAAACCCUCAACACAACAACCCAAGACUCCACCUACCAAACCCUCAACACAACAACCCAAGACUCCACCUACCAAACCUCAACACAACAACCCAAGACUCCACCUACCAAACCCUCAACACAACAACCCAAGACUCCACCUACCAAACCCUCAACACAACAACCCAAGACUCCACCUACCAAACCCUCAACACAACAGCCCAAGACUCCACCUACCAACCACCCAACACAAUAG